GGUGGUGGUGGUGUGUGGUAUCUUUUCCUGACCCGGGGUAUUUCGCCGGGGACUUCUCCAGACCCAAAGUCGCAGGAGCGGGUCACCUGCCAGCGAGGUAGGAGGGGCUUGGCUCUGGGCCGCUGGGACGCGCUCCGCCCGGCGGGCGUCCUGGAGGUGGCGGCGCGGGCCGGCAGGCGGGGCCGGGGGAAGGGGAGGGCUCGGCGAGCGUCGGGCGGUGACGGCAGCGCGGAGGGGAGGUACGAAGCGCCCGCCCGCCGAGAGCCAUGGCGAGAGGCCGCGGCGCGGCGCCCGCAUCAGUGCCCCGGUCCACAGCAGCGCCCCCGCCCGCCGCCCUGGGGCCCACCCGGCCGCCGCCCCCGCGCACCCAGAGCCCCUGACGGCCGCGCGCUACGAGCGAGACGCCCCCAGAGAGCGGCCGCGCGCGGGAGGGCGGCGCGGGAGGGAGCGCUGGGGUUCCCGAGCGCCCCGACGAACCCCGCGUCCGGAACCUCGUACCCCGAGCCCGGGAGCGCAGAGUCGGCGGGCGGGCAGAGGAAGGAGGAGGAGGCGCCCCAGCCGAGCCCGUCGCGUGCACCCCGGUGCCGCCCGGCCGGCUGCUGAGGAGGGAACCGGAGCCGCCGGGCGGCCGGGACUCGGCCGAGGACAACGAAGAGGAGGCGGCCAGGAGAGCCGAGCGCCCGGGCAGCCCCGCGCCGGAGGCCCCCGGUAUCACGCCUGCUACGGGGCCGCGCUUCGUGCGCCUCUCGAGGCCCCUUGUCCCGUUGGCCAGAAAAGUCAGAUGAAGUGGGGAGUGAUAUGAUGGAGAAGUAGGAGAGGAGAAGACCUGCACAGUCGCCCAUCAGCUGUCCGCCAGCUCUACAUGGCCCUGGAGAUUCCCCGUGAGGAGCCGCUCCUGGUGUGCCAGACCUCCUGGGGGCCGUCUGCCCGACUGCCCCUGACUCCGGCAGCGGGGUCCCCGAUGGCAGUGGGCACCUCCCCGUGAAACCUGCCAAGCUGGACGCCACAGCUCUGCACGACGACACUUUGGCCAACUCCGUGCCCCCUUCGGAGGCGUGCAACCAUGCAGUCCUAGCCUGCAGCCCGGGCAUCCCUGAGGAACACUAUGUAAGCGAGGCUGUGGAAGAUGCUCCCGGCUGCAGAGGGUACCGGGAUGCCUGCACCAUCACUGACGUGUGCAACAGCACUGACCUUCCGGAAGUUGAGAUCAUCAGCCUGCUGGAGGAGCAGCUGCCCCAUUACAAGCUAAGAGCUGACACCAUCUACGGUUAUGACCACGACGACUGGCUUCAUACCCCCCUCAUUUCUCCGGAUGCCAACAUUGACCUCACGACCGAGCAGAUUGAGGAGACGCUGAAGUACUUCCUUUUAUGUGCUGAAAGAGUUGGCCAGAUGACUAAGACAUAUAAUGACAUAGAUUCUGUAACUCGGCUUCUUGAGGAGAAAGAGCGGGAUCUAGAGUUGGCUGCUCGGAUCGGCCAGUCGUUGUUGAAGAAGAACAAGACACUAACCGAGAGGAAUGAGCUGCUGGAGGAGCAGGUGGAACACAUCAGGGAGGAGGUGUCACAGCUCCGGCAUGAACUGUCCAUGAAGGAUGAGCUGCUUCAGUUCUACACCAGCGCCGCAGAGGAGAGCGAGCCGGAGUCUGUGUGCUCCACCCCGUUGAAGAGGAAUGAGUCGUCCUCCUCCGUCCAGAAUUACUUCCAUCUGGAUUCUCUCCAGAAGAAGCUGAAGGACCUUGAAGAGGAGAACGUUGUACUUCGAUCAGAGGCCUGCCAGCUGAAGACGGAGACCAUUACCUAUGAAGAAAAGGAGCAGCAGCUGGUCAACGACUGCGUGAAGGAGCUGAGGGACGCCAACGUGCAGAUUGCCAGUAUCUCGGAGGAACUGGCCAAGAAGACGGAAGAUGCUGCCCGCCAGCAGGAGGAGAUCACACACCUGCUCUCUCAAAUAGUUGAUUUGCAGAAGAAGGCAAAAGCUUGUGCAGUGGAAAAUGAAGAACUUGUCCAACACCUGGGGGCCGCCAAGGAUGCCCAGCGGCAGCUCACGGCCGAGCUGCGCGAGCUGGAGGACAAGUACGCCGAGUGCAUGGAGAUGCUCCACGAGGCCCAGGAAGAGCUCAAGAACCUCCGGAACAAGACAAUGCCCAACACCACGUCCAGGCGCUACCACUCGCUGGGCCUGUUUCCCAUGGACUCCUUGGCGGCGGAGAUCGAGGGAACCAUGCGCAAGGAGCUGCAGCUGGAAGAGCCCGAGUCGCCAGACAUCGCUCACCAGAAGCGAGUCUUUGAGACCGUAAGAAACAUCAACCAGGUCGUCAAGCAGAGGUCUCUGACCCCGUCCCCCAUGAACAUCCCUGGCUCCAACCAGUCCUCGGCCAUGAACUCCCUCCUGUCCAGCUGUGUCAGCACCCCCCGGUCCAGCUUCUACGGCAGCGACGUCAGCAAUGUCGUCCUUGACAACAAGACCAACAGCAUCAUCCUGGAAGCAGAGUCAGCAGACCUGGGAAACGAGGAGCGGAGCAAGAAGCCGGGCACGCCGGGCACCCCGGGCUCCCACGACCUGGAGACGGCGCUGCGGCGGCUGUCCCUCCGCCGGGAGAACUACCUCUCGGAGAGGAGGUUCUUCGAGGAGGAGCAGGAGCGGAAGCUCAGGGAGCUGGCGGAGAAGGGCGAGCUGCUCAGCGGCUCCCUGACGCCCACCGAGAGCAUCAUGUCCCUGGGCACGCACUCGCGCUUCUCGGAGUUCACCGGCUUCUCUGGCAUGUCGUUCAGCAGCCGCUCCUACCUGCCCGAGAAGCUGCAGAUCGUCAAGCCGCUGGAAGGUUCUGCCACCCUUCACCACUGGCAGCAGUUGGCCCAGCCUCACCUCGGGGGCAUCCUGGACCCCCGGCCUGGUGUGGUCACCAAGGGCUUCCGGACGCUGGACGUUGACCUGGACGAAGUGUACUGCCUUAACGACUUCGAAGAAGAUGACACAGCCCACCACCCUGGGAAGUGCAUGUCACAGACAAACUCCACCUUCACCUUCACCACCUGUCGCAUCCUGCACCCUUCAGACGAGCUCACGCGGGUCACACCAAGCCUUAACUCGGCCCCGACUCCAGCUUGUGGCAGCAGCAGCCACUUGAAGUCCACGCCGGUGGCCACGCCGUGCACUCCGCGGAGACUGAGCCUGGCCGAAUCCUUCACUAACGUCCGUGAGUCCACAACCACCAUGAGCACAUCCCUGGGGCUGGUGUGGCUGCUGAAGGAGCGGGGCAUUUCCGCGGCUGUCUACGACCCCCAGAGCUGGGACAGGGCCGGCCGGGGCUCUCUCCUGCACUCCUACACCCCCAGGAUGGCCGUGAUCCCCUCUACCCCGCCCAACUCGCCUAUGCAGUCGCCCAUGUCUUCCCCGCCCUCCUUCGAGUUCAAGUGCACGAGCCCUCCCUACGACAACUUCCUGGCUUCCAAGCCAGCCAGCUCCAUCCUGAGGGAGGUGAGGGAGAAGAAGGCUGUCCGGAGCAGCGAAAGCCAGACCGAUGUGUCUGUCUCCAACCUUAACCUCGUGGACAAAGUUAGGAGGUUUGGUGUGGCCAAAGUGGUGAACUCGGGGCGAGCCCACGUCCCCACCUUGACUGAGGACCAGGGACCUCUCCUCUGUGGGCCCCCGGGCCCCACGCAGGCCCUUGUCCCCGGAGGCCUGGUACCUGAGGGCCUGCCCCUUGGAUGCCCCACUGUCACCAGUGCCAUCGGCGGGCUCCAGCUCAACAGUGGCAUCCGACGGAACCGCAGCUUCCCCACCAUGGUGGGGUCCAGCAUGCAGAUGAAAGCCCCCGUGACGCUCACCUCGGGCAUCUUGAUGGGUGCUAAACUCCCCAAACAAACUAGCUUACGGUGAGGCUGGGAGAAGGCCCUUCCCCUAGAGGAAACCAGUUCUUGCUCUCCCCUCCCUCCCCUCCCCCUUCACUGCACACGCUUCCUCUGCUCUCCUCUGCCCAUCCCCUCCUGAGCUAGACAAAUCAACCUCGUGCCUAAUGGGGGCAGAGUGGAGACUCUGUAAAAUGUGUACAUAGGACUUGGAGACCUGUAUCUGCCCUGCCCUUCCUUCGAAUCCCACGGGAAGCACCCCAGCACCGACAUCGCUCUCUUGAGGACUUGGCCCGUGCUGGCCGGGGGCAGGGGCAGCCCGGUGUCUUUCCUCCUCCUUUCCUUUGAGAAGCGUUGAAACCCCCACGUGUGUUCUUAUCCCAUGGAUAGGAAACCAGUGAAGUGGCUGGCUGCCGGAGCCACACAUCCUGAGCUGUCACGUAGCACAGUGGCUGUGCCGCCUGGUGUCACUGGGCACCUCGUCUCACCCUCCCUGUAAGAGCGUAAGGGGCCUCCGUCCGCUGCCACGUGCAGCUGCCGUAGCUUUCACGAUGGGAGAGCUGUUCUUUCUUUCUUGGGUCCCAGCUUCUUCAAGACCAUCACGGCUCGGCCCCAACGGACGGUCGCUUCUUUUCUUGAGCUGUGACUUUUUCUUCUCAUGCCUUCAACCUGAAUUCAUCCCUCCGUGUUUUGUAAUCCACCGUCGGGCCAGACGUCUGACCUGAAAGAGAAUGUAUUUACACUCCUGCUGCCCCGUUUGGCAGCCCCUGUGUGUUCUGUGUGAUUUGUUUUAUUUUUCUUCUUCUUUUUUUUUUUUAAUGUAUGCAGGGAAGUAAUGGUACUAGAUGGGAAGUCGCAGUGAAUGUUCUCUCUGUGGUUCUGUGACACCAAAAUACAAGUUUCAGACACACCAAGCCGCUCAUGAGAUAGCAGCUUAUUUCUGGGACCCAGUGUCACAACCAAAUUAAGACCAAGGCGAUUUUAACAAUAGGAUCAUAAGGAAAGGGGGUUGGGGAAAGGUGGUGGAUGAAAUUUUGUCAACAGUAAAAGAGAAGAACCAUGGCCAAAGGUAACACCAGACUGGUUCACAGAGAAAUGAGGCUUUGGCGGUCCUCUUGUUCUGGCCCUUGUUCUGGACCCUAGACUGGUGAGCCUGCUUUCAUGUCUGUGGUCUUCUUCUGCAGCCGUUCGAUGCCCUCAAAACACGUUUUGCCCUCUUGUUUCAGAACAGAGCGGUCCCCAAAAGCCCUUUGUGUCCUUGUGCCACUUUUCAUCCUUAGGAAAAGGUAGAGGUGUUGUGAGAAGAACCAUGAACGGACAGGGAGUCUGGUCCCAUCGCCGUCACUGACUCAGUUUCAAACUUUUAUUUAUUAUUUGUGUGUGCUGUAUUUUAAACAAACAUCUUCUGUCCUCUCCAGCUCGGUCACGGUGUGCCUGCGGCUUUCCAAUCCAAGCAGGUCAUUUAUUUAUUCUGAUCUGAGGACUGCACUGCAUAUCACGGUGCUCUGUGGCCAUUUCUUCCAGACAUUUAUGGAAGGAUAGCACCAUAGGAAAAUGAAAUUGUCAUUUGCACCCCCCAUUACCCUCCUCCCGCCACCCUUGGCAAAAGACGUAUCCUUCAGUUGAGUGAGUGUGACCUUACGUCCACUGAAGAUACUUCGAGAAAGUCCCCAGGAGCAAGCUUUGGUCCCAUGAUUUCAUGCUAUUUAUUCUCUGAACACGAGGGUGUUGGUUAAUUGUGUUUUCAACGCUCCUCGCUGUGGUAUGUGUGCACUCAGUGCAAGGAACUUAUAUCUUUUUAUUUGAAUGUAUUUUAAAGCCGUAGGUAGAAUAACAAAGGAAUAUGAAAACCAUGGAUGGAACGGACCAUUUUAUGUAUUCAGAGAGAGGGGCCACCCAUCAUCAUAAAGGAAAUACCCGUGUAAAAAUCAACAAUUCGGAGGUUGCAGUAUUUAGUAUAGUUAAUAAAUGAUCAACAUUGUGCACCCACUACCAAAAAGUGUGUUGUAAUGCAUCCAAAAUCAACAAUUAAAUUUUAUUUGCUAGUGAGUACCAAUAAAAUAAGUUCAAAUGAUGGAAAGCA